AUGCGGGCCUGUGUGUUUAGGCUACAGACUCAUCAGUGGUGUUUCCUGCUAUGUAACGUGGUGCUGUUCCAUGCUCUGCUGUUUGGGGGCGAUGUUGUUGAGGAGUUCUUGCUGCAGUCGGCACCCGCUGCCUAUACUGACCGCUCUGUGCUGGAACUCCGGGAGCGAGCUCGUAAACUGGACCUGAGUGAGACCAGGCCCAAUGCUUCUCAGCUCUACCCCAUCAGCUCUUCUCCCUGCCUUCAUCCCCAGGACCUCCUCUUCCUCAAUGUCAUCCUCAGUGCUCCUGGCAAUGCCAGCCAGAGGGAGGCAGUGCGGAACUCGUGGGGCAAUCAGACAUCGGUGCAGGGCGUGGCGGUCCGGACACUGUUUUUCCUGGGCCCCUCUCCUUUAGAGGCGGAGCGUGAGGCUGCGAAGAAGGAGUCCAGUCACUAUGGCGACAUCGUACAGUGUGAGGGGCCGUCGUCCAGGGGCGGAUCGGAGAGGGGUCAGUGGGAGAGGGUGAAACUUGCCAUGCGCUGGGUCCUGCUCUUCUGCCCUCAGACCAGAUUCGUCGUCCUGGCGGAGGAUUCCGUGUUUUUAAACAUUCCCGCUCUUGGGAAUUAUUUGCUCGGCCUCCGCACCCAUCCGGAUGACCUUUACCUGGGCAGGGUCAUCCACCGGGCCGCACCAGAGAGAGACGCCAGCAAACCCUACUACCUUCCCUUCCACCUGUACCCUGAGAGGCUACUCCCAGAUUACUGCUCAGGCCCCGCCUUCCUCAUGUCACAGGAUGUGGUCAGGAAAGUCUACGUAGCAUCCGAUGACAUCACUCUGCCUCUCCCAUCGGACAUCCUGAUUGGCCUGUGCGCAAGACGAGCGGGUGUGGUGGCCACUCACAGUGCUCGCUUUUCUGGAGAGCGCCACAUCCGCUACAACCCCUGCUGCUACAACUUCCUGUUCAGCUCGGCCUGGAUGAGUGCAGAGCAGCUGGGCGUGGCCUGGCGUGAUCUGGGGGAGGGGAGUGGGCGGAGUUGCGGCAUGUUAGAGACUUAUUACAGUUUGGUGGCCUGCAAAGCUAUGACCUACCUGGAGAAGCUCAACUUUCUGAGCAGCAACAGCAACACUCAGGGCUGA